AUGUGGAUAUUUGUGGCUUUAGCACUUGCUUUAUCGAAUACACCCGUGCGCUGCCUUGAGGAUCAGUAUUAUGGGCUAUGGAGUUUUACGCUAUCGCGCCAAUUUGAAGUUACUACGGACACUCUCGAGUGCGAAACGUCUAUCCCGAAAGACGGAGACAAGAUUUAUUUGACCCUCCUGCCAAAGGGUAUUGCGUACACAAGUGGAGGUCGUGCAGGGCGGUGGAGCCCCGUGUACAUGGCUGGUGUCGAUAUCCUAAUCGAAGGCAUGCGUUAUUUUUUCCUAAGUAAGACAGUCACAAUAUCGUCUGAGGGACACGCAAAGACAGUGUCCAUCUGUAGCGAAAGCCAACCAGGGCAUGGCUGGGCCCGCCAAGAUGGUAUAAAGAGCAGAUAUCAGAAUUGUUUAUAUGCUGCUCUGAUACAGCCCUUGGUUCCAAACGCAACAAAUAUUAAUAGUCAGGACCUCACGCGGCUACAUAUGUACGCUCCUGCGAGUGAUUAUGGGUCCCCACAGGGCUUUGACAUGCACUACGGAGACCCGCCCCCUGCGGCCUGGUCGUGGGGGGACGUCGGCGGGGCCUCGUUCCUCCCGGCCGCGCCGCCCGCCUCCCCCGGCCGGGGGUGCAACAGCAGCUACGUGGAGGCGGCGCUGGCGGCCAUGAUGGCGCGCGUGAUGGUCGCGAGCAACCGGACAGACCCGCUCGGGCAGCAGACGUUCCUCUCCGCCCGCCACGUCCUCGACUGCAGCCAGUACGGCCAGGGCUGCGCGGGUGGCUAUUUUGAAGGGGUGGGAUUGUUUGCAGAAACCUAUGGUAUCUUAACCACCGAUGCUUAUCCUGCCAGGCCCGGUGAUAAUGUACGAUAUUGUUCAGUGCCUGCCCAAGCCUCACGUCGAUAUUUUUUCACAAAUUAUUACCCAAUUGGAGGAUAUUUGGGAGCCGUCACAUCGCCGUCAGAGAUAAUGUGGGAAAUUUACCGCAAUGGUCCUGUUAUAGCAGGAAUUAAGCCUAACAGUGAUUGGUACUCUUGCAAGCACACCACAGAAGAGGAUUUUCUGCCCUCUUCUUAUCCCACCACAAGCACAGGCUUCCCAAACAGACGAUACUUCUAUGCAGAUGUAUCCUACGGUGUAGUCAUUAUCGGCUGGGGUACAGAUGAAAUUAAUGGUGAUUACUGGUUAGUCCUCGAUCCACUCUCCACCAGAAAAAGCAGCUGUCCAGAUAGGAUCCGGAAGAUUGCACGGGGCAUCAAUGCAUUUAACAUAGAGAGUUAUGUUGGAGGGGCAAACUGGGUGCCUCUGCCGGACCUUCUUACUACGCAUCCAAACAAAUUGGUCAUUCAGCAAACAUUUUUAAUCUGCCUCUUUGUGGCAGAUAUUGUUUCCGCAGCGGUUUCUAUUCUGUCGGUAAUUCUAGUAUGUAGUGUUAUUAAGAAAAGAAAAACAUUGAGCGUGAGCACCUCUUCGUGUCUAAUGAUGUCUGACCAUGCAUUAUAG